CGCUCACUGCGCAUGCGUUACUUUCUUCGGUCGUCAGUGCGCAUGCGAUAUUUGUGUCAAGCGGUGAAUGGUGCUCUCUCCGGACGACAUAACCUAAAAAAAUAAUUACUUUCUCUGUUGUAAAAAUGGCAUUAACGCCAUUAGAAAAUGUCUCAAUAGUUCUAAUAGUUAUAGGAUUGUUUGUGAUACUCAAAAGUCUGUUUCGUGCUGUUUAUGUGUAUGCUAUUGGACCUGCCAUCAACAAAGUUGACUUCAAAUCGAAAGGCAACUGGGCUUUGGUUACCGGAUCCACCGAUGGCAUUGGCAAGGAAUAUGCCAGACAGCUGGCAGCCAAAGGAUGUGAUAUAAUACUAGUCAGUCGUACAAUGGACAAACUCAAAGCGGUAGCAGAGGAAAUAGAAAAAGAGUUCAAAGUGCAAACGAAGGUCGUGCAAGCAGACUUCAGCCGCGACGACAUUUAUGAUGGUAUAGCUGAGGCCAUCUCUGGACUAGAGAUUGGCACACUAGUUAAUAAUGUUGGGAUAUCCUAUACGUAUCCAGAAUAUUUCCUGGAGAUUCCCGAAUGGGACAGCAAAUUCAAAUCUCUUAUCAAUGCCAACAUUGUGGCUACGACUCGUAUGACUGCGAUGGUAAUGCCAGAUAUGGUGAAACGUGGAAAAGGCGUUAUCAUCAAUAUUGCUUCUGGAACUGCUGUCUUUUCCAGCUGCCUCCUUGCAAUCUAUGGCGCUUCUAAGACUUACGUCCGACAAUUGUCUGAUAGCCUUCGCAUAGAAUAUGCUGAUAAGGGAAUAAUUGUACAAUGCGUGAAUCCAGGAUAUGUCGUAACUAAUAUGUCUGGACUUAAAAGGGAGACUUUAAUGGCUCCAAGUGCCAAGAAAUUCGUUAAUUCCGCUUUAAGUUUGGUUGGGACGACAAGCGACACUCCAGGCUAUUUCCCGCACAGCAUUAUGUUUGGUGUUAUCCUUUUCUUAAACGAAAACUUUGGAAGUUUCGGAGAGUGGCUCAUGAUGAGAUCGUUGCUCAACAUACGUCGAAGAGCCUUGAAAAAGUAUAAGAAACAGUAAUUUACUUAAUAUCUAACUCACAUUUGAAAGCGUGCCUUGUUUCCACCUCCUUUUUGCUUUUACCUGAAACUAUUGUAAAAUAUGUUUUUAAUAUCUUUGGCUGUUUUCCUUUACCUUUCCUACCUUUAGCCUUUGCAUGCCCUUAUUCAUAUUAUAAUAUAACACCAAAGAUGUUUUUUUAAUUAACAUGUAUGGUUAACCAUUUAAUUUCUAGU